AUGAGUAAGGUCGUCUUCGGUAUGUGCACACUGAAUGUCGCAAUGCUUUUACUAACGAGUUCUUCCCUGCAGUGGGAAAUGUCCCCUACAACAUGGGGGAGGAAAGAACAACUCAUCGAUGUCUUUAAGUCGGUCGGUCAAGUUGUAGGAUUUAGACUGGUCUUUGACAGAGAGACAGGGAAACCUAGAGGUUAUGGCUUUUGUGAAUUUGCUGAUCAUGAAACCGCUGCAUCUGCUGUGCGGAACCUCAAUAAUGCCGACGUCGGUGGCCGCCCUUUACGAAUUGACCUCGCGGACUCCGACCCCUUCCUUGAAGGCAAGACCACUGUGCGAGGCGAGCUGCUCGAUGGGAGUGAUCCAAGAGGCCGCUGGCGUGAUCACCGUGAGCACCAAGACCGCGACCGCGACCGAUUUGAUAAUCCUCGCGAUCAACCCAAAUCUCAAGAGUCAAAUUCUUUCUUGUCAAGUUUGCCACCCGGUGUUCCCAUAGUUCCUGGGUCGACUGCAUUAGAUACCAUCAGUCAGACACUUGCAACUAUGAGCCCAGCUCAGUUGGUCGAAGUGCUUGCCCAGAUGAAGGCUUUUGUAAUCACCCACCCGGAUCAAGCAAGGGCACUACUUGUUGCGCAUCCGCAGUAUGCGUAUGCAUUAUUCCAAGCAUUGCUACUGAACAAAAUAGUAGACCAGAGUGUUCUUCAGCGCAUGCUCCAAGCAACUGCGGGUAGUGGAGCUCCCCCAGGUCCAGGAAUUUCUCAACAGCCCCACCACCCAAUGCAACAAUACCAGCAGCCUCCACCCAUGCACCAGCCUCAACCGCACAUGCCUCCGCCAAUGUCCGCCCCCCCGCCGGCGUCAACUGCUCCACCGAGCAUCUACCCGCACCAACAGCCCCCCUUAACUCCAGACCAGAUCAAUGGCUUGCCACCUUCUGAACGAGAAGCGAUCCAGAACUUGCGCAAUCAAUUUUUGGGAGGUAUCUCGGCGUAG